CUGUAAUAACAGGUUUGAUGCUGGCAGAGAAACACUGAGUCGACUCUGGCAGACAGAUAUUUUCAACACUCCUAUUUAAGAGGAUACAUAGCACAGCCAUGGUUCACCUGUCUGUAGGGUUGGUGGUAUUGAUUUCCCUCUGUUGCUCAGCACUCCCCUCCCAAAAUGGCUCACAGCCCGGGUUACGGACUUUUUCUGGUCACUUUGUGAUGGUCACUGAUGAGCCCAUAGACUACAUUGACCUGUCUGCUUUAGACAGUUUGAGAGACGACAUGGGGUCUGGCUCAGGAUCGGAGCUGGAGCCGGUGAAAAAGCACGGCCACCAUGGGCCACACCGUCAUCCCCAGAAGCACUAUUUUGUUUCAGAGGAGGCUAAAGGUUUCCUCCAGGGUCGCCUGGCAACGAGCUUCGUCCCGUCCGUUUAUACCCUCGUAUUCAUCAUCAGCGUGCCCCUCAACCUCGUUACCAUGGUAAUGUUUGUGCAUCACAUCCAUCCCAGAAAACCUGCGGUGAUCUACAUGCUGAACCUGGCCUGCGCUGACCUGCUGUUCGGCCUGCUCCUCCCCUUCAAGAUUGCCUACCAUUACCAUGGCAACAACUGGAUCUACGGCUCCUUCAUGUGCAGAGUUGUCACUGCGGCCUUCUAUUGUAACAUGUACUGCUCUGUCCUGCUCAUGACAUGCAUCAGCGUUGACCGUUUCCUGGCCGUGGUCUACCCCAUGAACUCACUCACGUGGCGCAGCCCUCAGACUGCUUCAGCUGUCUGUGCCGCCAUGUGGCUGUUGGCCCUGGGAGGAGUAUCCCCUCUGCUGAUCUCAGGACAGACCAUGUAUCUGUCAGACCUGGGCAUCACCACCUGCCAUGAUGUGCAGGAUGUGGAUAAACUAAAGGCUUAUUAUCUUUACUUCUUCCCCAUCUACUCCUCUGUCUUCUUCUUCAUCCCUUUUAUCUUCACUGUUGUGUGUUAUAUACGUAUUAUCCAGGCUCUGGCAGCAGCCAACGUCGAGAACCGCUCCAGGAAGACUCGGGCCGUGGUGAUGGCCGUGACCGUGCUGGUGGUGUUUGUGGUUUGCUUCACUCCCACCAACAUCAUCCUGAUGGUUCACUACAUUCAGGUGUCCAGCAAGUCCAGUGACAAUUCGUACCAGGCGUACCUGCUCUCCAUGUGCGCAGGCAGCCUCAGCUGCUGUCUGGAUCCAGUCCUCUAUUACUUUGGCUCCUCUCAGUGCCAGAAGCAGAUGGCAGCCCUGUUCAGAUGUAGACAACUGGUGCGGGUAGAGAGCAGCUCGGAGACAGAAAGCACAAGAACCAGUGGUGGACGGACAGACAGCAGCAAGUUAUGCAAGAUGGAGAGCGUCCAAACUUGCCCGGGGAGCCAAUACAGCAGACUGGUGGCUUAAGUGCACAGACAUGAGGAGGGAGACCGCCUCUGAGGGACUUGCACACACACACUGUAAUAUAUAUUUGAAACAAGGCAGUGCUCGGGUUGGUUCAAAAGAAAUACCAAGACUUUACCUGUUAACUUUUUUUCUUUACAAAUAUACUGUAUAGUUUUGAAAAAAAAAAUGGUUUUGGUGUAUCCAGUCCCUUGUAGCACUGGAUUUAUUUUCACAAACAGGCUUAUUGUAUGUACCAUUAAAAGUCAGUUCACUUUUGUUGUUUUGAAAUGAUAAAAUAUAUCCACCACUAUGACAGAGUGCGAUAUGUAAAAUUAACUUCACAGCCAGCAAAUCAUGACUAUUUCUGACAGUCUGCCAGUGAAAAUGCAUAUCCUUGUUUUCAAUGAAUCACAGGAAUUAAACAGUUAAACAGUGUAUAAGAAUCAUAAUAAUAAAGUUUUAAUUUGAAGAACAUUGCA